AUGAGAAAUCAGCUGCGGUCGAACACGGGCCCAGAAGAAUACAACAUUGAGGGCACCAUCCAUCUUAGGUUAUUGGUCCAGUAUAUGGAGAAGACAUACCAGUCUACCUCAGAACGACUCUCCUCCCUUCUGGCGCAUCGGAAGAUUACAUACGAUCUUCUAUGGCCUUGCUUCAAACCAGGCACGUUGGCCUACAUGACUUGCCCCUCCACUGGUCUGCCCAGAUGUGCCAGGUUUAGCUUCGGACUGGAGACUCAGACCGUUCGCAAGGUAGACUGUUUUGAGGUACAUGCCGAAUAUUUCGACUUCGACGGAGAACUGUUCGGCGAGUCGACCGAGAAGGUGCAAAUAGAGGUCUUUCGAGGGCCGAUUGAUAUCUCGAGUCUUCCCAUAUACCCGCUGGAAUUCCACCCUGACAAAGGAAUAAAGUCACGUUUAAUACAGGGACGAGCAAAACCAGUUUCACCGCCUGGUUCACUGUUGCUCUCUCUGAACGCUACUGCCAAGACACUAGCCGCAAAUUAG